AUGCCUGGCAUGUUGCACGCAGCCCGGGAGAACUGCUUGUUCCUGGAGCAGCUGACGGAGGACCGGCGGUCGCAGCAAGCAGCGGGGGAGAAGACGCUCAAGGAGUUGAAACUGCAGAGGCAAGAGGUGGAGGAGACGCAUCAAGCGCUGGAGCUGCGGGUGCAGGACGACCGGGCCAAGAUCCAGGAGAUGGAGAAAGAGAAGGUUUCACUACAGCACACGCUGAAAAAAACCGAGGAAGCGGCCUCGGUUUGGAAGUGGCGGCUGGACAAGGCUCUGAAGAGGAUCGAGAAGCACGACCCGGGCUCCGUCUUUGUGAAGCGACUCAGAGAAGCAGGCCAGUGCUGA